AGCGGCAGGCAAGCGCCUGCUCCCAGCCCGCGGAUGGCCUUCCAGGAGCGCGGGAGCGCAGGAGCGAGGUGAGUGAUGGGGCUGGAGGCAGGGGCAGGCAGCAGGGAUGGGACCUGCAUGGAGAAAGCAAGGGUGUGGGGUGGGCGAGCUGGGGGUGGGACAGCCAGCCCUGAGGUACUCCAGUAGCAAAGGGUAUUAUUAAUUCCUGGCCCCCAGGGCAGACUGGGGCACACGGAUGCUCCAAGGCCACACGGCCGCAGUAACCUCCGCCCUGAGCAGAGAGCAGCUCUGGGCUGAGCUCAGCCUGGCUGUGGCCAGCCUUGUUCUUGCCUUACAAACAGACCCGGAGUUUUCCACCCUUCAGUGGCCUCAUGUGCAAGCACAACUGCCUGCAUCCUGCCCCUCUUUCUCCCCGCACCUGGGCCACAGGGAGAUGCUCGCAGCAAUGCAGCGCAAACAGGUCGGGGCUUCAUGCCACGGGGAUGAGCAGCCUUCACUCCCCAGCCCAAGGAGAUCACGGGCCUCUGGGAAGAGACAAAAGCUAUAUGGCUGAACAGAGACAGUGGUAAAACUUUCUCGAGCCUCCUCCAACCUGCCGAUAACCGGACUGGAGGUGCCUGGAGAGGCCAGGAGGUCCCCUGACCCCUUGCAGGCUGGCUGCCUGCUCUGCACAGGGAGUUCACACUGCAGAUGUGUGACCCACCUGAAAAUCAUUUGCCCCCUCUUCAAACACACAAGGGGACCAGAGCUCGCAGACCUCAGAGCCCAGGUUUGGUUUCUCAUCCCUCGGCAGGCAAUGAGGCAGCGCAGCUCCCAGGGGCUGGGAGCACCUGCAGCUCCCACUGCCAUCAGGACAAUCCUGUGGCUCCGGGAUCUCUGGCCUCCAGCUCAGCAAUAGGGAGGCUGUUCCCCAGGCGCUGCGGCCAGCGUGAACUGGCCUUGAAGAGCACAGUAUUCCCAUAGCUGCUUCUCGCGUGGCUUCUCCAAGCAUCUCCUAAUGCUUCUCCGCUUCCCCAAAUCCUCCUGCCCCUUUGCAGGCCCUUUCCCCCAAAGAAGGCUCCCCCAAAGCCCACAGUCAACCAGCCCCUACCCUCCCCCUGCUCCCACCACCCUGCACCCAGCAUCAGGGCCCAGCCCCAGCCUCUGAAACUCAGCCGCAUGCCCUUGGGAUGGCCCCAUCAGCCCCAUGCACCUCCUCGCCUGCCCCAUGCAAGCCAACAGGCAGCCCAUCCAGGUUCCCAUGGAGAAAUCCUCCCUUGGCCCCGUGGGACCACAGCGAGGCCCAGCUGUCUGCCAGGGCAUCCGAGAGAGCCUUCUGCGCCCAUUGCUUGCCCUGUGGUAACGAGCCCUCUCCCUGCCUGGCUGUUCAGAGCGGGGUGGCAGACGCCUUCACGGGAGAGCACAGUCAUCCAGGUUGGCAUCAUGGGUGGAAGACGUUUGCCAGUUGGAAUGGAUGGAGAGCAGGGAGGGCAGCACCAGGCUCACCUGGCCUCUCUUGUUUGCUUCUCUUGCAGAGGGACAGGGUGGAAGAAAGGAACAGGGAAAUUGAGAGCAUCAUGAGAGCGUUUUUGAGGCAGCUUAUAGGGAUCUUAUACCCACUUGCCUGCGAGUAUGCAGAGGUCUCGAGAGCAAGUGCACAAGCUUCGGCACACUGGAGUCCCCACUCUGAGGAGAGCGACUCGAUCAGCUGCCACAGUGUCAGGUCCCCAGGAGAGCAUCCUGGAGAUGGACAAGGAGCGGCAGGCAAGCGCCUGCUCCCAGCCCGCAAACGGCCUCCCAGGCUCCCAGGCAUGCAGGAGCGCAGGAGCGAGGUAGGCCAGCAGGAGCUGCACGCAGCAAUGCAGCACAGCCGGACCCCGGCUCCGUCCCACCAAAGGGACAGGCUGCCUUCGCUGCCCGGCCCACAGAGCUCACGAGCCUCGGAACACGGCAUCACAAAGAUGGUGGAGGACACUAGCAGGGAUGUCACAGUGCAAGCUCUGCAUGCCUCCACCGGCCUUCUCAAGAAGGCUCCUUUGAGGCACGGGGAGACACUGCCUGGCAGGACUCAUGCGGGAGCAGAGACACCACAUCUGCCCGGCUUAGCACCGCUCCCAGCCAAGGCAGCUAGGCAGGCACAGGGAGGCCCGGCGGCCUCUGCAUGUAAAAGAGCAGGAGCUACAAGUCAAACCAAGCUGCCUGCUCUGGAAACAUCCGGCAGAUCUUCUCCCCAAGGCUGGGCCAAUGCCAUGGAUGCGGAAGCUGUGAGCAGGAGAGUCCUGGAGAGAAUGACCAAGGCAUUAGAGAGGCUGGCUACAAAUUCCAGUGAAGCUGCUGCCAAGGAACACUUCCCGCUUGUUAGUGGGGCUGGGAUGGCUCUGGGCUCAGGGAAGAGCCUGGAAGAGGAGGAACUAAAGCCAUCCCAGCUUUCCUUGCCUCCCCUUCAAAAACCCAAGCGGGAAAUUUGUGCUCUUCCCCAGGCAAUUCAAGAGCACGUCCGCUCCUUGCCUGAGUCCCGGCCUGGGUCUUCCCCAUUAGUGCUGGGAAAAGCAAGGAUGUUGCAGGACGACGGCAGCAGAACACCUCUUGCCCUGAAAAGCCAACAGCUCUCAGGAAGCUCCUCCUUUGGUGCAGGAGCACAGACCGUUCCUGAAAGGGAGCUGCGAGGCACACCAGCGUGCAAGGAGCGGCACGAGGCCUGGCCAAGCUGCCUGACAGUGCCAAGGCUGCCACAGUCCCCGUCAGCGGUGGGUUUUGCCAGCACUGGCCAAGAAAUGCACCAGGAGCUAGUCAGCAAGCUGCCCCCGGCUCCCAGAGAUGCCUGUGCCCAGGAGGUCAAGGCACAAUGCUUGGACGCAGUGGUGCAGAGGCAGGACUUGGUGCUAAGCAAGUCCUCAGCAUCCCAAGGGGCAGACCUGCAGCCUCCCCACCUGCAAGUGCCCCCAGCUGAGAUGCCCCCGGAAGAAACAGCCUCUUCUCCCCUGCAGUGUGCGAUGGCAGCCAAAGCUGUUUCAGACACGGCUAGACUCACCAGCCCGCCCUUCGCAGAGGUACCACCCGGCUCUGCAGAAGACAUCGCUGCCAGGUGCCACAGUGAAAUGGCCCCACCUGAGUCCCCAUCGCCUUCCCUGCCGGAGCCUGCUGGCCUUGUUGAGAGCAUCAUUGCAGAAGCUGGCAGGCAAUUGAGGGCUGAGAGCCAGGGGCCUGCCCCACAUGGCCCCGCACCGCCUGCCGUGGCUCUGGAGGACGCGGGCCUGGGCCUCGAGGCACACACCAUCGAUGCAGCAACACUGGCAAGGCCAGACCAGCACCAGAGCACAGAGCGUGGCAAAAGCACAGCCCCCGCAGCUCAGCAAAGGCCUGAUCCCCACGCUCAUGGGGGCAAAAGGCAGGUCAGCGGGGCUGGUGCACCAGCUUCCCCAGGCAAGGGUGCGGGGACGGGGACACCACAACCAGCGCCGGCAGGGCAGCGCCCAAAACAGCAGCCUUUGGGCAUCAUCUGCCACGUUGGAGGAAAGCCGCUGCGCAUUCACCCGGACAACACCUCGCAGUACCUGGCAGUGCUGUCGAUCAAAACAGAGACGCUGGAGGAGCUCAACAGCAGCUGCCUGGCCCGCACCGGGCAGAGCUUGGCCCAGCUGCGGGAAGCCUGUUUGCAGAGGAGGGAGCAGAGCCUGAAGGAGAGCGAGGGCGAGCAAGAGCAGGGCGAGGGGAAACAUUUCUCCCUGACAGCCUCAGGAUCCCUCAACGUCAAACCCAAGGAGCUCCUCGCCAGAAACUCCUUCUACAACUUGUGGAAACCGGAGGUGACGCGAGUGGAGCUCCUCAAGGACGCAAGGUGCAAGUGGGAGGUGCUGGAGCGGCUGUAUGCCCAUGCCCCCAGGAGGGAGCGGGAGGUGGGAAGAGGCAAGAGAGUCCCGGGAGCGCUGCAGGAGGAGCAAGCGGACUGGCCCAGUGAGGAAGAGCACACUGAUGAAGAGCUUCUGCAAGGGGAGGAGCUGGAGGGAAAGCCCUCCCUGUGCAUGACCUGGGUCAGACCUAGCCUCAGGAGCCUCUUCACAGACACAGAGACGUGCCCCCAGAAGGUGCCCUGCUCUCCCAACGGCAAGGCCAGAGACGCUACCGGGGAGGCAACGGGCGACCUGCAGAGCACGCCUCUCGCCCCAGCAGUGCCCAGAGGAGCCGAGGCAGCGGCACCUGCUUUGGCCGAUGGCUUUCAGGACGCGGGGGACAGCGCGUCUCUCGCCCCAUCAGCAUUUCUGAGCGCAGGAACAAAGCCGGAGGAGGCCUCCCCCGCAGCCAGCAUCCCUCCGGAUGUGGGGGAAAAUGCACCUCUGACUCCAUCAGUUCCUGCAGAAGCUGUGCCACAGGCCUCUCCCUUGGCCGCAGACACUUGGGCUGAGAGCAACAGCCUGCCUCUCCAACAGCCAUUGCCCAAGGAAACACCACCAGCGACCUCUGCCUUGCCCUGGGCAGCCCCCUCCCACACCCGGUGA